AACAAAAAACAUAUUGUGGAAGUAAUAUUAAAAAUUUAUUGCAAAAAAGUCGUACGAACGGUUUGUUUGCUGUGCAGAUUUAUUUUCAAAUUUAAAUAGAAAUACUGUUCCAAUUAAAGAUUUAAAAAAAUGCUGAAAAUACAAACACUCCAUUCCAUUGAUACGGAAUAUUCUGCGGACUCGAUUGAGUGGUGUCCGCAUCCUGACUAUAAUAACUACUUUGUUUGUGGCACCUACCAAUUGGAAGAAAACCAAGAAGGGAGUUCCACUGCAACACCGCCAUGUCGUCGCAAGGGUCGUAUAUAUUUAUAUAAAUUUGAUCGUAUUACGAAAUCCCUCAAUGAAUUGGAUCGUUUAGAAACAGCUGCCAUACUUGACAUGAAGUGGUUGAAAGGUAGUGGCAAUGAAUUGCCACUGUUGGCCACCGCUAAUGCUUUGGGACAAAUUGAUGUGUAUGCAUUGGAAAAUGUAAAAUUAAAACAUCUUCAUUCACUCGAUUUGAGCACGGAACAUGAUAAUCUGUUGGCUUUAUCUUUAGAUUGGGGCCAAAUUGCUGACAAUUUAACACCAGAAAACUCUACAAAUCACAUAUUAGUUUCGGACUCCAAAGGUGGUAUCAGUCUGUUGUCAUGGACCAAUGAAAGAUCACUGACAAAAGUACGUACUUGGCCUGCACAUAAUUUCGAAGCUUGGAUAUGUGCCUUCGACAAAUGGGAUAAAAACCGUGUUUACACCGGUGGCGAUGAUACGUUUCUACAUGGCUACGAUCUUCGUAUGGAAUCCCGAGUUUUACUCAAUAAAUCUCAUAUGGCGGGUGUUACAUGUCUAUUGAGUCAUCCAAAACGUGAACAUAUUCUAUUGACAGGUAGUUAUGAUGAAAAUUUACGUAUUUUUGAUACACGUUCGAUGAAACAACCCAUGAGUGAAAUUAAUCUAUCUGGUGGCAUAUGGCGUUUGAAAUCACAUCCUUUACAACAAAAUACGAUAUUGGCCGCUUGUAUGUACCACAACUUUAGUGUAGUUGACUUGCAUGAGCUGGUUUCACCAAAAUUAGUUGGUGAAUAUUUCGAACACAAAAGUAUUUGUUAUGGAGCCGAUUGGUGUUUGAACAGCGAUGAAAAUGAAGAAGCCCUCUAUAUGGCUACAUGUUCAUUUUAUGACCAUAAACUUUGUGUUGCUAGUGUGGAAAAAAUUUAAUACAAAUGUUUUAUUUGAAAUUGUUACUUAUUUGUUGUUGCUAAAAUUAUUUCUUAGUGGUUUUCAGGAACCGAGUCUGAAACUUUUUAAAUCUGCUUUUAUAAUUUUUUGCAAUAAAAACACAAUUUUCAUAAAAA